GGGAAAUAACUAUUGCAGAAGCUGAGAGAGGUUGCCUCUUUUAGUGAAGUCACACCAUCGCUGCACCAAGAGAACAGCUGUAUCACUCCUGUUGAAAUUCAGUUUUUGAAGUACAGCAUGGUUGGAUGAUUUCAAGACCGACAGUUGGAAUGGGGGGCUUUGUUAAUGACCACUAAAAGGAUUUGGACUGAAUGAGGACAACUGUUCAAAUGAAUAUGAAAUCCAAAAUGCUAUUUCUCAUCAUCCUGAGUGUCUUCUCAAGCCAUGUGUCAGGAAUGCACGUCCCCCCGCCUGACAAACUGGAGGUGGACAUUUCCGAUGGAGAGGUAUUGGUAUUCUGGGAAGAUCCCGUUGGAACCCCCUCAAAGUACUGGUACAACGUACAAAUGUCAAAAUACAUUAAUGAGUGGGCAGAAGUAUCCAACUGUACAAGGAUCACAAGGACUUUCUGUGAUCUCAGCAAUCUUAUUCAUGACUAUGACACAGUCUACAAAGUCAGAGUCCAGCUGGUCACCAGGGAUGGUGAAUCCACGUGGGCACGCAAAAAAAUUAGACCAAAUGAAGGUAAUUUGUUGCCUCCGUCCUUUACUUUGUUGGCAACCUCAAGAACCCUCACCGUUUAUAUCCAUGAAAAACCGAUUCUGAAAAAACUCUUUCCAUAUGGGGUGACUUAUACCAUCUAUUUGGAGGAAAUAGGGCAAGAAAAUAAGACUACGACUGCCUACAUGAAAGAUGACGGUGGGGUGGAUCAGAGGACCAAGAUUUAUUCUGCUCUCCAGUGGGGUCAAACGUACUGUGUCAGGGUCAAGGUAGAAAGCCCUGCAGGUCUAUCAAGCAGCAGUGUGUCUGACCAACAGUGUCUCAAUCUCCCAGAGGAAGAAUGGUUCAUGAUUGCUGCAUCAUCUCUGUCUAUUCUGGGCAUCAUCACAAUGAUUGCUGUUCUAGGAAGUUUCCUCUUCUGUUUUCUGAAACGUCCAGUGAAAACACCUGCCUCAUUGAAAUCCCCUGUUAGUGGCUGGCUACCACUCUCUGUUGCAGAUGGACCUCUGGAGGUGGUUACAGACAAAGGAUGGUUUCUUUCCAGUUAUAACAAAGAAGUAAAAAACGGUGUCAAACUUCCUAUGACACAUGUUACAGUAAUAGAAAACAAUGAAGAAGAAGACAGAAGAACCAGCAUGGACAGUGGAGUUAGCAUGGAGUCAAACCCUGCAAUAAACAAUGUAGGAAGUCAUAUUACGAGACAAGAGGACAGUGGCUGUGGGAGCAUGGGAGGACCAGAGAGCUCUGCCAGUAGUCAGGCAGAUUACCCAAUGAAGGAGGAGGGUACUGAAAAUGGCACCGUGAGGAAAAGGGGAGACAGUGGGCUGAGUCUGAGCUGCCAGCUCGAGUCUUCUUCCCUGAGCCUCGAUGGACAGGAUGGUGUGUCUGUAUCAAAUUCUGUUUCUGGGGGUAAUUACCGCAGUCAGAGCCCCUCAGAGGUACAGAUCCAUGUCUGUGAUAAUGAGGACACCUUUAAACAGAUACCAACAGACUCAGUUUUGGCUGAAGUACUAACAGGAUACAGAACUGGGCCUCAGUCAUGUAUCUGUUCAGGAGCAGGUCAGUGCGGCUGGUGCCAUAAAUACGGCCAACACGGAGGGGAAGUUUCUAAACAAUAUGGAGAUGUGUGUAUCAAAGAGGAACUCCUGGGGAGCAAAAAUCAUUUGCUGGACUCUUACAAAAGAAAUGUUACAUUUUCGGGUUAUCCUACUAAAACCCAAAUGCAUGCUGCCAUGAUGAGUGACUUACAGACAUUUUUACAAUUGAAUGAGACUUUUCCUCUGCUGACAUCCCUGCCGCUCGAUAAGUGUGGACAAGAUUUUAAUAUGAACAAUGUGUCACUCUCACUUUGUGAUGUACAGCUGACAAGUGACUGAAAAGCUGUGGAAUGUAUCGACACCAUUUAUAAAUCCACCUCCAAACAAGAGGGAAAAGCUACACCCUGACAUAACCUAACAAGUAACAGACUGUUGCUGAACACAGGAAGAAAGCCGGAGUUAAACUGUGCAGCUGCUCUCUGAGCUUGUUGAGGUUGAGAAAAAAAAACAGAUGCUGGAGGUCUCAUUCAAAUCUGACUCACUUGAUAUAUUAACACCUGACUGCUGUACCGGAAAUGAAAGUCAAAUGUGAAGUACCAAGAAAUGACAGUUUGACAGUUGCACACUUUGGGACAUUUUAUUCUUCCUAUUACCCACACCAACAAUAUUCCCUCAUGUAAGUUACCUCCUGUUAUGUUCAUUGGUCAUUCUCAUUUUCAAAUCAUAUAGUUGUGGGGCAUGAUCAUUUCAUCAUUUCACAGGCAGCUGCAAAAAUUGUCUUUGAUUCUGUGUGAAAGCAGUGUUGAGCUGUGCUGUUAACUUAUUUCUUUGAUUAUUAUAAAUGAGCUUGUCUUUUUUUCUUCUCUGAAAUGUGAUUCCAAAAUUCUUUUUUUUUAUUGCUUAAUGCAGUGAAUAAUGUGGGGAAGCUCUUUUCAGUCUGAUUAAAAGCGUCUUUAUGGAAGGUUCUGUAAAAUUCCAUUAACUCUGGGAUACUAAAAACAAGAAUAUGUGAGCAAGUAAGGGACAUGUUAAUGUUUUUGAGAAACAGUGACUUGGGCAAACACCAGGAAAACCCUCAAGAAGCUAAUUUAGGCCAGAUGGAAGAUCAUAUAACUAUGCUUGGGAUCCCCUAAUGCAGAUUAAGUACAGGAACCAGGGUUGUGGUUGUGAUGCUUCUAAAGUAAGAAACAAACAGUUCCUCUUUCACACAUCUACCCAAUGGAAAAAAAAAGGUUUCCAAUUAACUGACAUAAAAAAGAAAGACAGAAAUGUCAGCAGGGCUAAGUUUUCAGAGACCAGCAGAACUUAAAUAAAAAUUAAGUGUUCUAUUUCUGUAUGUAUGCAAGAAAGUUUUAAAAUAAAAAAAUGUUUUCUUGUAGUGCAUGGUUGCAACUUGGCAAAAUAAUUUCACUACACUAUUCUAAAAGUCAGGCAAUUCCAUUUUGAGAACAUGAUUUCAUGGGAAUGUGUAUAAUUAGCACUUUUCUUUGUCAUUGAUUUGCAUUUUAAACCUUUGACAGGUACUCUGACUUCCUGAGACCCAAUCUUUGAUAUGAGGUUCAUUUUUUAUUUCUCAAAGACAUAUGGGAUUAGAAUGACCUGUUAAGUUUAAUAACUAAACUUUGUCAUGGCACAGGCAGUUAUUCCUCUUAUAGGGAGAGUGGGUUGAUCUAAAAUGUGCAUUUAUGUAGUUAAAUGUUUUCUUUGCAGUAUGGUUGUGAAUUUUAACUACAGAAUAAGUACAUGAAUGGUUGAAAAUGUACAAAAUGCUUCAUUUUAUAUUUGAAACAUUAGCGUCUGAUAGCGUGUACUCGAAGAUUAAAAAAAAGCUGGUAUCAUGAUACAGAUAGGCAUAAAUGCUAUGUCCUCUACUGCGGUCUCAUUAGGUUAAUGUCAGAGUAAGAGUAAUGUUGAAAUGACAUGCAGGAAGUGAUUGGGGUAAAGCUUCAGACCAGGGCACCCUUCUUUCACGCUCAUUUGACAUGAUAGUUCAAGUGUAAUUUUGUCCUGGGAUGGCAUUUUAUAACUGUGUUAUUAGUGAUUCAUCAUUCAUUUUACAUUGCAUGGUAAUAAAAAUGUAUAACUAAAUGCUAACCAUUGUGUUUUACCAACUGUCC